AUGGCGAUGCGACCUUAUCAAGGAGGACAUUUUGAGGAAAUCGGAUCCGAAGAGGCACACACGAUCGAAACGUUUGAACGACGCAUAGGUGGCACUCCAUAUAGUGAGCCCCAACGACAAUAUUCCAGUCAAGAACACACCGAAAGACGAACCUUUGGACGAGAUGAGAACGGCGAACUGGUUGUGAAAAUCGAGAAGAAUGUAGGGUUUUGA